AUGUGUGAGGCUAAUAACACCAGAGUCAGUGAAGUUGUUCUCCAUGGAUUCCAAAACCUUAAUAAAUAUAAUAUAGUGUUCUUCUGUGUUGUCCUUCUAAUAUAUAUAGUUAUCUUGGUAGGAAAUCUUUUGAUCAUUACAUUGAUAUCAGUUAGCUACCACCUCAAGCAUCCCAUGUAUUUUUUUCUUAAACAUCUUUCAGUAGUUGAUGUCUUGUUCACUUCAAACAUUGUACCAGCAUUGCUACAUGUCAUAUUGUGGGGGCUAAGUCACUUAUCUAUAACUGCAUGUAUUUUCCAGUACUAUGUACACAGCUUCCUGGCAUUCAUACAGUCUUUCCUACUGACAGUUAUGGCAUAUGAUCGCUAUGUUGCCAUCUGUGACCCCUUACACUAUUUUGCUCUCAUGACCACUAAAACCUGUAACUACCUUGUCUGCUUCUCCUGGAUCUUCUCCUACAUCCUUAUUUCAUGUGAAACCAUCUUUCUGUAUCAAUUGCAGUAUUGCAACUCAAAUUAUAUUGAUCAUUUCUUUUGUGAUAUUGCUCCAAUUCUUCAGAUUGCAACGUCAGAUACGUUCAUUAUUGUCUGGAUUGAUUUUGUGAUAUGCUGCCUUACAAUAUUUUUCCCUUUUUUGUUUGUUAUUGGGUCAUAUACAUGCAUCUUUGUUAACAUCCUAAAAAUGUCUUCUGUCAUUGUAAGGAAAAAAGCUUUCUCAACCUGCAGUUCACACUUGCUCAUUGUUUGCUUAUAUUAUGGGACUUUGAUUGCUAUAUAUGCAAUGCCAUCAGGUGACAAUUCCCACAAUGAAAACAAGUUCAAAUCUCUGAUAUACAUAGUGUUAACACCAUUUAUUAAUCCAAUCAUAUACAGCUUACGAAACAAGGAAAUAAUGGAAGGCUUAAAAAAGCUUAUUGGUCAACAUGUGUGGGCUAAGAUUGCUUUCGGGUCUUUCUUUUCAUUUAAGUGA